AUGUCUUGCCCCGCUCGCCUGUAUCCCUUGCGCAAACCUCGAAAUCAUCGCGUUCCCAUCCCUCGAUGGAAACUCAGCCUGCCCACCAAUGUCGAACAAGUGCUUACAUCUUACGUUGGUAUCGAGCAGCAUGAGGACAGCGCUGUAGCUGCUCAGGCAAAAGAAGAAGGCGUCUGUGCUAUCCAGCAAUGGCUCGGACAAAACGAUGCGCCAGAAGCAGUAGAAGCAUUCACCAUGCUAGACAAUUACAGUCGCAUCGAAGGGACCGUGUGGGUUUGCUAUUGGAGCGAUGAAGAAAGACGCAACAGUGCCAUUGAAUCAUUAAACCUCAAAAACAUACAUCAGAAUAUAUCCACCGCUGGUCAGCCUCUGAUCGGGCUAUGGCACGAAGGCUUCAAGGCAUCCGUAUCCCGCCUAGAAACCAACUACUCCGGCCUUGACUACCUCCCCGGACUAGCGAGAUUACCUGGUGCCAGUACCGAAGAACACAAUCUAAGCACGUACUGGGGAGCAGCUCGCGAUCGCAUUCCAGAUUCCGCCCACGAUCUUUUCCCUCGAGCGGCUGAUAUGCCGCGUCCAAAUCCAGUGCCAACUGGCAUAGGCCAACACCUGACAGGCACGAAUCACGAGAACAUGGUCCACAUUCGCUCUGGACAGUAUUGGGAGAACUGCGGCAAGGAAGAAGCAGAUUCGUAUGAGCAGAAACUCGAGCCGACCUUGCAGCAAGGCCUCAAAUAUCUACAUGAGAAUUCAACGGAGACUGGAGCACUUAGUAUCCAAUAUCUUCGUAAUGAGGAUGUACAAUCCCCUUGUGGUAGUAAGGAAGAGCGAAAGGAAUCGUGUGGCGCGGGCUUCUUCGCCAACCUCGAAGACCUAGAGCAUUGGGCCAAAAGCCACGCGUCGCAUCUGAAGAUCUAUGGUGGUGCACUUGCACAUUACAAAGCGUUUGGAGAUGAGAGGAGAUUCCGGACAUGGCACGAGGUAUGUGUCAUCAACAAGGGCGACGCUAUGUUUGAGUAUGUGAAUUGCUCGCCUGAGACGGGUGUUAUUUCAACCCUGCCCCUCCAAAGCGGGACGAUGUAA